GCCGCAGGGGUGACGUCACGUGAUUUCCGGCGAUGUCGUGACGUCACCGGCUGUCUUCCUGUCUCCACCCGUCGGCAGCCAUGAUGCAGGAAGGACUGGACGACGGACCAGACUUCCUCUCCGAGGAGGACCGAGGACCCAGGGCGGUCAACGUGGACCUCCAGACGGACGCCACGCUGCAGGUGGACAUCUCGGACGCCCUCAGCGAGAGGGACAAGGUCAAGUUCACCGUGCACACCAAGAGCACGCUGCCCAGCUUCAAGCAGAACGAGUUCUCUGUCGUCCGUCAGCACGAAGAGUUCAUUUGGCUGCACGACUCCUUCGUGGAGAACGAAGACUACGCCGGAUACAUUAUCCCGCCCGCCCCGCCCAGACCCGACUUUGACGCCUCCAGAGAGAAGCUGCAAAAGUUGGGCGAGGGCGAGGGCUCCAUGACCAAGGAGGAGUUUACCAAGAUGAAGCAGGAACUCGAAGCAGAAUACUUGGCCAUCUUUAAGAAGACGGUCGCCAUGCACGAGGUCUUCCUGUGUCGCGUGGCGGCGCAUCCCAGCCUCAGGAAGGACCUCAACUUCCACGUCUUCCUGGAGUACAACCAGGACCUGAGCGUGCGAGGGAAGAACAAGAAGGAGAAGCUGGAGGACUUCUUCAAAAACGUGGUGAAGUCGGCAGACGGCGUCCUGGUGGCGGGCGUCAAGGACGUGGACGACUUUUUCGAGCACGAGAAGACUUUUUUGCUGGAGUAUCACAACAGAGUGAAAGACGCCUCGGCCAAGUCGGACAGGAUGAUCCGCUCCCACAAGAACGCCGCCGACGACAUCAACAGAAUGGCGUCGUGUUUGUACGCGUUGGGAACGCAGGACUCCACGGACCUGUGCAAGUUCUUCCUCAAAGUGUCGGAGCUCUUUGAGAAGACCAGGAAAAUCGAAGCUCGGGUGGCCGCCGACGAGGACUUGAAGUUGGCCGACUUGUUGAAAUAUUACCUGAGGGAGUCGCAGGCUGCAAAGGACCUUCUAUACCGUCGGAGUAGAGCGCUGCUGGACUACGAGAACGCCAACAAGGCUUUGGACAAAGCUCGCGCCAAGAACCGCGACGUCCUCCAGGCGGACACCGGCCAGCAAGUGUGCUGCCGCAAGUUUGACAAGAUCUCGGAGUCCGCCAAGCAAGAGCUUAUCGACUUCAAGACGAGGCGAGUGGCAGCAUUCAGGAAGAACCUGGUGGAGUUAGCGGAGCUGGAGCUUAAACAUGCCAAGGGGAACUUACAGUUGUUCCAGAGCUGCCUGGGAGUCCUGAAAGGAAACACUUAACCACGCCCCCCCCCCCCCCGUCAGAGCCACGCUCCAUCCACCCGGACAACCUCCUCGGUGUGAGGAGGGUGUCGGGGGUUUUUUUUUUUUUUUUUUUUGGGAGGUUCGUGUCGGAUGGACUAGAGAACCACAAGAAGAAGUCUUAAAAACUAAACAGGACUUUUGUUAUCUUCCUCACUAACCGCAAUCUGUCCUCUUCAUCAACACACACACACACACUUUGUCCUUGGGUCAAUCGGGAGCAGUCUGGCACUGUCUGGCUCGCUCUGGUCCAGGUCCCGGAUCACUUCGGUACGCUCUGUUUCAGUCAGGAUCAAUCUGGCUCGAUAUGGAUCACGGUCUUCCAGUCGAGCUCCAUCUGGAUCAGUGGGGUCCAGGUCUCGGAUCGGUCCGGUCCAGUCAGCGUCACUCUGGAUUUGUGGUCCGAUCUGGAUCAGUCCGGUGCAGUUUUGCUCAAGCGACAUGGGUCCAGUCCUCGCCAGUUGCCGUGGCUCCCGUUGUCCUGUUUCUUCCUUUGGCGAGAUUCUUGGGCGUUGUCCAACUCCUCCUCCAGGUGUGCUUGCUGUUCUUCUUGACAUGAACGGUUUGUAUUGCAGUACGGUUGCUGAUCUUCCUCUCACCAUUGUAGCUCCUUUUUCUUUUUGUUGCUGGGGGCGCGCUCGAGUGUGUUUGCCUUAAUGUUACUCUUGUUGAUGUUGUUGGGGUUUUUUUUUUUUUUUUUUUGCUUCUCACUGUAAACGAAUGUUUUUCCACUCUUAACGUGACCAAAGCUUCCAUAUGAUCUAAGAUGGCGAUCGAGUACAAAAAAAAUGAACUAAACUAAAAUAAAAGGUGCCAGUCCAAUAAACGAGCUGGUUUGUUUUCACA